AUGUCCCCAAAUCUAAAAGAUGGUUUAGGUCCAGGCGUUGAACAAAUAGAUAGCAGUUCUUCUUCAUUAGAUCUAAGUCCACAAGCAAUAGACUCAGCACCACUUAACUUAACUCCAUUCAACGUAACGUAUCCACAACCUCGUUCCAAGUUAAAACAACUUUCUUCCUUUCCAGGUGCUUCACUUAUGGAGUACUGCAGCUCUAAAAAGACUCUUCCUCCUCGACACCAUCCCAUUGUCAAUGGCCUACAGCAAAGCAGCCACUACCGCCAAACACAUCUUGGGCCCAUGAAAAGCUGCACACUAGAAGACUUACCCGAAUGUCUAGUUCUUUUCAGCUCCAAAAGAAGAGCUACUCAGCCUAUUCUCUUCUAUGAAUUUCCCAAGACCAUUGACCUAAUUCUAGAAUGGUGCACUAGUUUCCGCCAAUUCCUGGCCGAUUUUGAAACCGAGCAAGAUAAGCUCCAAGUUCUAAACCUCUUCCUCGUAGGCACAGGCCAUGAGAUAUCCAAGCAACACUUAACUUUAGACAAAGCCCUUGACCAGCUAACUCAAAUCAGUCUUCACAAACUCCUUACUACUUCACCCACCGCACCCCACCAAGCCCACCAUCUACUGAUCAGCGACUACGUCGAGGCCCUCACUCGGUUCAACUUCUUACAACAAGCCGAAGAACCCGAAGCCGCCGAAGAGAUAAAACGUUCCCUCCGCCGCAGUUUCUUCAGCGGUCUUGGCACACACACUUCCGCCAUGCUUGCCACGCGCAACAUCAAAAGCCUGGACAAAGCCAUCGCAUACAUCCAAACCCAAGAAAACCUCUGGAUCCAAAUGCUCUCAAUCCAUUCCGACAGUCUAGCUCAACUUGCCCCACGCCCACGCCCUCACCACCGCUCACUAUCACGUCCAACCCGCCGCCUAAACUUCCACCGCCAAUCCACCUACUCCAACCAAGCCAACCGCCACCACCAACCACCCAGCAUCUACCAAACCCAAUACUGCACCUACCAUAAAUCCUCCACCCAUGACACCUCCACCUGCCGCCGUCUCCACCCUCCCAGACACACUCCAACCCAACACCAUCCCAAAAAUCAUCCACACCCCCAUCCGCCCUACUAA